AUGGACCCGUUGAGGAACCAGCGGUUCCAUAUGAAGCCCGAGCAGCGGCUUGAGGCGUUCUCGUUGACUGCAGGGAUCAUCGGGGGGAUGACUGGUUUCUACGAAGGGGUGAAGAUGCUGUCGCUCCGCUUCCUCACCGAGAACGGGCAUCGGCUACCGCAGAACGUUGGGGGCUGGUACUUCUACCACAAGAAAAAGAACUAUGUGAUGAUUCUUCUGGGGGUGAAACAGGCGUUCAAAGUGGGCACUAAGUACACGCUUGCUGUGGGGACCUUUUUCGGGCUCGAGGCCACCCUCGAUAGGGCUCGCGGGUCCGUCGACUGCUUGAACACUCUGGCGGCGGCGGCGAUAUGUCUGGCGAGUUACGCGAUAUUUAACCGUAUGAGGGGCAGUCAGAUCCGUAAGUUUACCAUUCGUGGUGGGGUGAUGGGGCUCUGUCUUGGUUUUGCCCAGGACUUCUUGAUUUACGCUCGUGGCGGUGAUGUGUGGUACUUGGAGAGUAUGGGAGUGAAACACCCGCAAGUAGCUCAAGCGUCGCCGCUGGCUGAUGCUCCGGUGCUGAUAAGAGCGCCGCCGGCCUGA